AUUUAAUCGCCUUAUUAUCGAGAACAUUGAAUCAAUCUAUUCAAAGCAAAUUGUCAAAAGAGUAUUAGUGAGACAUAAAUUUUUUGUUAUAUUCAAACAUUUCUGCGGUUGCAACAGUCUGAUCUUCCGUGCUCGCUCAAUUUCUCCAAUAUGAUCCGAUUCAUAAUUCUACAGAACAGGCAAGGAAAAACUCGACUGGCAAAGUAUUACAUUCCUCUCGAGGAAUCCGAGAAGCAUAAGGUUGAGUACGAGGUUCAUCGUCUGGUUGUGAAUAGGGAUCCCAAAUUCACCAACUUUGUGGAGUUCCGAAACCACAAGGUUAUCUACAGGCGAUAUGCUGGGCUAUUUUUCUCACUGUGUGUAGACAUUACAGACAAUGAAUUAGCUUAUUUGGAAAGCAUUCACUUGUUUGUGGAGAUACUGGAUCAUUUUUUCAGCAAUGUAUGCGAGCUAGAUUUAGUAUUUAAUUUCCACAAGGUAUACCUGAUUCUAGAUGAGUUCAUCCUUGCUGGGGAACUCCAAGAAACAAGUAAGAAGGCAAUCAUAGAGAGAAUGGGAGAGUUGGAAAAGCAGGAAUAACGGUUCUCUUCAAGCAGCAACGUUGAUGAGGUCAAUCAAGCCACAUUCUUUGCAACAUUAGGAAAUGAGAAGUCUUGUUUAAGAUAUUGGGAAAUCAUUUUCGUAAAGGUUUCUGUUUGCUGAAUGUUCUUUGAUUGGUUUGCUUAUGGUUGCAAUCGCAGAAAUUCAGUUGAUUUAGCAUCGACAUACUUUCCUAUGGGAAAGAGAGAGAUGUAUGCAUGAUCUGAUUAUGUUGUGUUAUUUGACUAUGUAAAAUAUCAGUUUGUCAUUACGAACAACUUCCAACAA